AUGACCUCCGAUAAACAAAACAAUGGCUUCUCCGCCAAACCAUUUACGCCCACACUCAGUGCGGCCUUUCACCGCUCCAAUAAGUCUCCUCUGACACCAAAAUUGGCCAGUUCAAGUCCAGGUCAUCCUGCCCCCCGUCGUCUCGCCCAUACCGACCACACUCAUCCCUUUUCCACUCCCUCCAAGGAGGACCUCUCCGCCACUCCUCCGAACUUCCUCGGUGUCAAUGUCACCCCUCGUUCAGGCUCUCGCAACACUCGCCGGGAUGCCGUAUUCCCAUCUCCGACAAACACUUCUUCCGUUUCCUCUCCACAAACUACAUAUACCCAGCCCACUGUCGGUCUAGGCCUCAAUGGGGUACGACGAGAACGCAGCCCAGCUCGCGGGGUGAAGGCAGAACAAUCGAACAGCUUGAGAGCAAAGACCCUUAAGGCCGAAGGGCAGCAAAUAUCUCGUCCAAACUCUUUUACCGAAAUGGCAGCCGGGUCACCCAUGUUCUUUCAUGCCGCCGAAACACGAUCGUCCAAUUCUUCCGACGUUGAACAGCCCCGUCCAAAGCCAGGGAAGAUGCCAUCAACUUCAAGCUUCAUGUAUGCAAAUGGUGAUCAGGAGCGACAGUCUUCACCAGAGGGAUCUUACGUCACAACUGCCUCUUCGCGUCGCUCUGGAGGGCUCCCCCGCGUUGCGCCCACUAUCAGACAGGGUCCUUUGCCACCUCCACGUUUGAAGUCCCCCAGGGUCUCGGACGCAUCGUCUCCGCUUAUUGACAUCCAGAGCAACUGCAGUUCGGGGCUUGACCAGACCGUUGAAGGUGUUCAACCGCAUUUUAGUUCACCACCAAGUAUUGAAUCGGACAGACCGCAGCUCUCUUUGAUUGGGAAGCAUCGAAAAUCGUCCAGCAUGGAUUCCACAGGUCAAACUCAAUCAAUGUCACAACGAAAUGGUCUUCAUGCUAGUCCGGUCAUUAUGCCUAAUGUUCAGACACAGCAUGCUGAAAGUUUUGCCCCAGUCCUAUCUGACCAGAUCCCGACGCUUCGCCCCCGUGUAUUUAGUAACGGUUCCUCCAUUUCUGCGGACCCAUACCAGUUGAUUCCUAUGAGCCCUGGAAAAUCAGAUAGUGGGGAGGUAGCUUUGAAUGCGCGAACAGAACGGAAGAUUAUGGAUCUUGAAAUCAGCAACUCUUCUCUGCUUGCCAUUAACCGAACCCUUGAGCGAGAAAUGCGGAAACAGAAUGCGGAACUUCGACGAUUCCGACGCUUGAGUCGCUCUGGUCGUCUUUCCAUGGUUCCUUCUACACGCUCAUUUUCUGGCACAGCCCUCUCAACAACGAGUGAACUGGAUGAGGGCAACAGUGAACUUUCAUCUAUACGAUCCAACGAUGAGAUGUCCGAUUUCAGUGACGAAGAUUCCGUCGCAGAUGAUGGGGUCCUCAGUCCUGACACCCUUGCUGAUCAUGAUGCAAAGCAUAGUGUUCAGGAUGAGAAACGAUUCAUGCUUGAUCUUGCUCGGCACCAGGAAUUUCUGGUAGACAGCCAGAAAUUAAAUCAGAGCUUGAAAAGGUGUCUCGGGUGGACUGAAGAGCUCAUCAAGGAAGGCCAAAGGGCCCUCGAGUACAAUGUCCAUGUUCAGGAUGUGGAGAUAGGCGGUCGUGUUCUAUCUCCAGAAGAGUUGGGCGAGGUCGGCGAGAGUGGGCGAUCACUUCUCAGCCCAUCGGCCCAAUACGGCUCUUUCAUGUCAUCUCCAGAGUAUCCGUUGGAUGACUCUCUUCUGACCGACCCAGCUUUACUGCCUUUACCAUCGUCUCCUGGCGGGACUGAUUAA